UCGGAUUAAGAGACCUCUUGCAGAGCAUAGAUUUAUCAGAGUACGAAUCUCAGAGAGAAAUUCAAGAAAAAUAUGCAUCGAUUACUCGCAUUUUCUCUCUCGAUUCUCUGCGUAUUCAACGCAUUAUUGUUGUUCAAGGUACAAGCAGACAAUGCGCCUGCUCCGGCCCCCACAACAACCUUUACUAAAAAUCCACCAUUACUCUCUCCGGCGACUCCUCCGUCUACCAUUCCGCCGACUAGUCACAUUUCUCCACCUACAUUGUCCCCUAAAUCUUCUCCGCAAGUAUCGCCGCCUACUUCCACUCCCAAGGUUUCUCCGGCGAAUUCACCAGCACCGGCUGUUGCAACUACCCCGUCAACAGCCCCAAAUGCGGCUCCGCCGGCAAUUAGCCCGUCGACGAAUGUGUCUUCACCUCCGGUUCAGUCCCCGGCGAGUGCUCCGCCUACGGCUUCCACUCCGAGUGCCUCUACCCCAGUGAGUGCUCCGCCGACGGCUUCUACUCCUAGUGCCUCUACCCCAGCGAGUGCUCCGCCUACGGCACUGACACCGAGUGUCGCUCCACCGGGAAGUGCUCCAGAAUUGGUUCCGGCAACUGCUCCGCCAAUGGCAGAAGGUCCGGCACCAGAAGCAUCUGCGAGCAUUCCGUCAAAUUCUGCCACACCCACAGAAGCCCCUGUAGUUUUUCCGUCGAAUGGUAGCCCGCCAAGUUCGUCUCCGUCCAGUUUGGCGCCUGAUACUGCAGACGGUCCGGCGGUUAAUAAUGAUGACUCGGGUUCAAGAUCCAUAUAUGAAGUUCGGGCCAUUCUAAGUGGUCUGGCUAUUGGGCUAGCCUUUGCUGUUUAGAUUGGGUCCAUUAGGAUGUGUUUGUUCGUUUUCUUUUUUGUUUUUUUUUUUUCAUAUAUUGUUUUAGUUAUCACGGUUAUUUGAUUAGCAUGAUGUAACAUUUUGUACAAUAAAUCAAUAUGUAUUGUGAUGU